UUAAACAACAAGGUGAUGUUAAUCUUGAUAAUGUAGAUGGAGUUUUCAGUUUCCGUUGCAGAGAUUUUAAAUACCUUGAUUCUACCCUUGGUAAAGGAGGAAAAGAUGAUAAAAUUUUAGUAAUCACAGCCGAGCCGGAGGGUGAGUUCUUUUUUCAUAUUCUUAGUAUUGAGGAACAUCCUCAAAAAAAAGAAAUAGUUAUUAAAAUUAAGAAUGGAAAAUUUUUUCCGGAUGAGGAUUCGUUUGGUCCCACAGUUUCUCAAAUAAAAAUGAAAACUGAACAUGUCAAUGGUAUUUCAAAAGUUAAAGACAACGAAUACAAAAUAAGAAUCAAGAAAGGGCUGGAAAUAAAAGAAAUUUCCAACGACAAUAACAACGUAGAAAAUAACGACAAUAACAACGUAGAAAAUAACGACAAUAACAAC